AUGGCGCCAAAGAAGUCCAAGCCCGCAAUGACAAAGACCGCACCUCAAAUCGAGAGCGACAGCGACGAGCCAACUCAAAGCCAAGAAGCAUCCCAAUCACAAUCGCAGGAGUUCGAUGCCAAAGCCAUCGAAGCCGUCGUGCAGAAGCAGAACGAGCAGAGCCGAGCCCGCAAAGCCCAGCGAGCCAAAGAGAUCGAAGCCACCAAGAAACAACGCAUCGACAAGAUCCAGCGAAAGAUGACCGACCUCAAGAAGGCCCAUGAGCAGGAGCUCCGAACAAUUCAAGCCCCCAAAAUCGCCCGUCUGCGCGACCUCAUCCAAAAGCGCCGCGACAUCGACAACAAGAUCGCUGCUUGCUGGGGCCAUAUCGACCAGGCGUACGAGUCGACGACCCAGCAGUACCAGUUCGCAUUAGGAGGUCGACUGGAGGACUUGGGUUGA